AUGUCGUCCGUCGCACGCGUUCGAGCACUGAGAGGCUCCAAAGCCUCCGUUCUGCGGCAGCGGAGCCGGCGGUGGAACAGCACAACAUCAGCCACGUCUGCUGGCCCGGAGCCAAUCGAGCCAUUGAAAUCCAUCCUCAUCGCCAAUCGUGGUGAGAUUGCGCUGAGAGUCGGCAAGACUGCCUCGCAGUACGGCAUCCGAACCACCACGCUCUACACCGACCCGGACCGCAACAGUCAGCAUGCCUUGAGCUCUCCCUUCGCUGUCAACCUGGGCAGCACGGACCAGUAUCUCAACGGCGAGCGCAUCAUCCAGGUUGCGCGCGAGAAUGGAUGUCAGGCUAUCCAUCCCGGCUACGGCUUCUUGAGUGAAAAUGCGGCCUUUGCCAAAGCCUGCACGGAUGCGGGUGUCAAAUUCAUCGGUCCGCCUUGGAAAGCCAUCGACGCCAUGGGCGACAAAAGCCGGUCCAAGGAGAUCAUGAUCGACGCUGGUGUUCCCUGCAUUCCUGGCUACCAUGGCAAGAACCAGGACCCGAAGCAUCUCGAGAGCGAGGCGGAGAAGAUGGGCUAUCCUGUGCUCUUGAAAGCCGUCAAGGGCGGUGGUGGAAAGGGAAUGCGAAUCGUGAUGAAACCCGAGGAAUUCCAUCAGCAGCUCGACAACGCCAAGUCGGAAGCCCGAUCGAGCUUUGGGGAUGAUGUGAUGUUGGUGGAGAAGUACAUCACCACGCCCCGGCACAUCGAGGUGCAGGUUUUUGCGGAUCAGCACGGUAACUGCGUGGCGCUUGGGGAGCGAGACUGCAGUGUGCAACGUCGGCAUCAGAAGAUUCUUGAAGAGUCUCCUGCGCCCAAUCUUGCCGAAGAUGUCAGACAAGAUCUGUGGGAGAAGGCGAGGCAGGCUGCGCUUGCGGUGGGUUACGAAGGUGCCGGCACGGUCGAGUUCAUCUUCGACAACGACAGCGAUGAGUUCUUCUUCAUGGAGAUGAACACCCGUCUACAAGUCGAGCAUCCCGCUACCGAGAUGGUGACGGGCGAAGAUCUCGUCCGGUGGCAGAUUAUUGUUGCGGAAGGCGGCAAACUCCCCCUCACACAAGAAGAGGUGCACGAGCGCAUCAAAAGCAGAGGUCACGCCAUCGAAGCGAGAAUCUAUGCGGAAGACCCGAGUAUGAACUUUAUCCCCUCGACCGGCAAGCUCCUGCACCUGAAGACUCCUACGCCUACGGAAACGGUUCGCAUUGACGCUGGAUUUGUGGAGGGAGAUGAGGUGUCUUCCCAUUACGACCCGAUGAUUGCCAAACUCAUCGUCCACGCACAUGACCGCAAGGCUGCUCUGCAGAAGCUCAAUGCUGCCCUCGAGCAGUACGAGAUUGCCGGACCGCUCACCAACAUUGACUUCUUGAAGCGAGUCUGCACAAGCCAGGACUUCAUCAACGGAGAUGUCGAAACGGGCUACAUUCCCAAGCAUCACGAUGAGCUUUUCAAGCAGGUGCCUGUCACGCCAGAGACAUUCGCACAAGCCGCCGUGGGACUCUACGAGGCUGAGUUGGCCAGCACCCAGGCGACAGCACCAUCCGUACCGCUGCAGACCAUCGGCUUCACCAAGUCGCCACAACCUCGAGAAUUUCCCAUCGUGGAGACCUCGUCAGAUCCGCAGGUGAAGAAUGCGCCGACACUGGUGCGCGUGCUGAAGACGACCCCGACUACUUUCGACGUUACCGUCCAGGACCAGACAUACACCAUCACAUCCCACUACGACCCCAAGACACACACCCUCCAAUCCUUCUUCCCGCACACUCGCCUAGAAACAACACUCAUCAAAGACCCGGAGACCAACUACCUCAGCCUCUUCCAGCAAGGCCGGCAGAUCCGCCUGCACCUGCAAACGCCGAAAUGGGCGGAGAAGGCGCUGGGCAUGAAGGAUCUCACGCAUUCCGUGCUGGCCCCGAUGCCGUGCAAGGUGCUGAGGGUGGAGGUCGAGGAGGGGCAGGAGGUCAAGAAGAACCAGGCGCUGGUGGUGAUCGAGAGCAUGAAGAUGGAGACGGUGAUUCGCAGUCCGCAGGAUGGCAAGAUUAGCCGGGUGGUGCACAAGGCGGGCGAUUUGUGUAAGAGUGGCGUUGCGCUGGUGGAGUUUGAGGGGGAGGAGGGGAAGCUCGUCUUCGUGCUCAUCCUGGCUUCCUUCAUGUAUCGCCCUCUCCUGCGUCUCCAACAAACCACCAGACACUUCCUCCCAUCCACCCCCUCUUUCCCCCUCAACAGUAUCCUCAACUCCGUCAGCGGCGCAAGAAGAAGCCAAAGCGACAUGUCGAGACCCAACGGAACCAUUGCCACCAGUGGGCUGGAGCUUUUGACGUUUGGCACGCCCAAUGGUCACAAGGCCUCCAUUAUCUUGGAGGAGCUGAAAGAGGCCUACGGCAAGCCGGAUUACGUCUUCCAGAGCAUCAACAUUGGCGAGAAUAUUCAGAAGGAGCCGUGGUUUACCAAGUACGGACCGAAUGGCCGGAUUCCCGUGCUCAUCGACCAUGACAGAGGCGAUUUGGGAAUCAUGGAGGGAUCGGCGAUCAUGUCGUACUUGACCAGGCAUUUCGACCCGGAGCACAAGCUCUCAUUCACCAAGGACCCGGAGCUCUCGCUGUGCGAGCAAUGGGUCGCUUGGCAACAUGGAGGUCUCGGACCUAUGCAAGGCCAAGCCAACCACUUCUACCGCCUUGCGAAAGAACGAAUCCCCUACCCCACGCAACGCUACGUGGGCGAGACGGAGCGCCUCUACGGCAUCCUUGAUGCGCGCCUCAAAGACAACGAGUACCUUGUCGGCGGCAAGUACAGCAUCGCCGACAUCGCCAGCUUCUCGUGGGUCAACGUCGCCUACUUCGCCGGCGUGGACCUCGACUCUUUCCCGCACUUGCACAAGUGGUGGAAGAAGAUUGCCGCGCGGCCGGCGGUCAAGAAGGGCCUGGCGGUUCCGUCGGAGCCGGGCAUCACCAAUGAGCCCUUCCAGGAGAAGCUGAAGAGUGAUCAAGAGUUCAAGGAGAAGCAUGAGCACUUGCAGGGCUUGAUGCAUAAAGCGAAGGAGCAGUAUGAGUACAAGUAUUCCAGCCCGUAG